AUGAAGGCGACCCUAGUCAUUGUCGGGGUAGGGUUUGUCCUACUCAUCCUCAUCAUGAUAGCGCUGUUUGUGUUGAAAGGCGGCAGUUCAGAGAGACAGAAAUCCGGAGGUGGGAGCACCAAAGACGACGAUAAGCCUCAAGGAUACCUGCCGCCUUCGGAGAAGGGCGCUCCGUCCGGCAAUGCUAGCACCGAAGCCAGCACGACAAGUUCAAGGCAGAGACGGUCUACCCUAACGACCGUGAGGAAAACGACGACAGAGCCAGUGAUGACAAGCGAACAAACCGCCAAAGUACCGACAACUGAACCACUCCCCCAAAAACCGGGAACAACAAAAGAACCGAUCGAGACAGUAGAGCCAGCGACGACAAGGGAACCAACGACCACUACCACGACGACUACCACAACGCCAAAACUGACCUGGAAGACCGGAAAACACAGGCCACCGGGUAUAACACCUAGAGCCAGAAAGCCGGGCAAGCUGUUCUGCACUCUGGGUCCAGCCCACACGAUACAAGCCUUCCCGCGCGAUGGCCUGUGUGAUUAUCUAUUCUACGACUCGCUCCGAGCCAAAAAUAAGAGUCUGGAAAGCAACGCCGAUGCCCUGAAGGUGUUUUCGAAAGGCUCUCAGGGUCUGAAGAAGACAGAGACAGGAGUGUCGCUGACUUGGAGGGACGCCGAUGAAGCUCUGGCCGCUCUGAAGGAGAAAGAGGGCCAGGACACAGUGAGGGAAUGGAUUGCCAUGAAGAUACUCCACUACGGCAUAUUGGACAUUGCAGCUGAUGCCAGAUUCACGAGCGACGACGUGAACAAAUUAUUCGAGCUUCUUAGGGAGGUGCAUGACGCCCGACGACAUGCUAGCGGGAAACACCAAAUACCCCGUAUCGUCCUGGGUAUGGCGUUCAUCGUGCCGAACCUUGAAGCAUAUGACCAGCUUGAAAACCAUAUAAAAUCUUUUCCGAUCGACAUCUUCGUGGCCAGAACGCACAUCUCAGCUCCGGAUGACCGCUUCCCCGACUGCUCCAUUACAGGUCCAACGGUCUGGGAGAAACCUCCCACUUACCAAGCGGGAAUCUACGAGACUCUCCUCUUCAUCAAGAAGUUUGAGGCCCUAUUUCGGAAGCCCAAGCUGUAUAUCUCCUUUACCAUGGCUGGCCGCUUUUACAAGGCAAAGGAAGCCUACACAGCCUCUCCACUCGGAACCUCCUGCGCAAGUCUACCCUGGGAACCACCUGUGGAUAUCAAACAGAUGUGCAAAGAGGCCAAGUUUGAAGCAUCAGGAUCCACGGACAGUAGGACGCAAGUGAUGUAUGUGAAGGAGCAAAACAAGGGUCUCAUCUACACGUACGACAGCCAGUACACCAUCACCACCAAGAUCUGCAAGAGCCGUAAACCAAUGCCCGCCGUAGACGGCUUUGCCCUGUUCGACUUGGAGCUCGACCGAGACGAAGUCAAGUGUCCGAGGAACAAAACCGGCGACUUCAGCACCUUGCAAGACAUCCGGAAAUUAGCCGAUGAGUUCCAGGCAACCCCAGCUCAUCGACUCCCAAAAACUUGUGAAGGGCUGUCUUUGGCUCUUUACUAA